UCAGUUUUUUUCCCCUUAAAAGGGUCACUUUCAUUUCCACAUACGAUUCUUGGACCAUUCAUAUCAACAAAUAAAUAUCAAUUCGUCACCAUUGAAUUCAUUAUUAACAUUUAACAAAUAUAGCAACCAAAAUUUUGAAUUACAAAAAUCCAAAAUUCUCGCUCACGCUUUCUCUCUCUUUCUUUACCCAUCUAUUUAAAGGGAUACAAAUAUUUAGCUAAAUGCAUACGAACGUUGAAAGAAUCUUGAAAUAGUUGGUGAAGAACACUAAAGAUUACAUUUUUUAUAUAAUUUUUCAAGAAAUGGCGUCAAAUAUUGGGAUGAUGGAUAGUGCAUACUUUGUGGGGAGAAAUGAGAUUCUUACAUGGAUCAAUGCAAGGCUUCAGAUUAAUCUCUCUCGUGUUGAAGAGGCUGCAUCUGGUGCUGUGCAAUGUCAGAUGAUGGACAUGACCCAUCCAGGAGUUGUUCCGAUGCAUAAAGUGAACUUUGAUGCUAAGACAGAGUAUGAUAUGAUCCAGAACUACAAAGUGCUGCAGGAUGUUUUUAACAAGCUUAAAAUCGACAAGCAUGUUGAGGUCAAUCGACUUGUUAAGGGAAGGCCAUUAGACAACUUGGAGUUUCUGCAAUGGCUGAAACGCUAUUGUGAUUCAGUGAAUGGUGGCAUUAUGAAUGAGAAUUACAAUCCAUUGGAUCGCAGAUGUAAAGGUGGAAAGGAACGGAAUAUCAAAGGUGCUCAGAAGAUGUCCAAGUCGUUGCAAACAAACAACUAUUCCAAUUCUCGCUCGGGCGAUGGAAUUGGCAAUAAUAAGUUAAAUGGUACCAAACAAGGGAAGUCGACUGCUGUGGCUGGUGGUGUCAAUUCAUCAGUGGAGAUUCAGGCAUUGAAAGAGGAGAUGACAGAUCUCAAGCUCUCUGUUGACCUCUUGGAAAAGGAAAGGGAUUUUUACUUCGCAAAAUUACGAGAUGUAGAAAUCAUAUGUCAGAUGCCGGAGUUGGAAAAUAUUCCAAUGGCUGUGGCAAUUAAGAAGAUAUUAUACGCUGCAGACGAGAAAGAGUCUGUACUAGCAGAAGCUCAAGAAAUCAUAUCCCAAUCACUGGACAUGGGAGAAGCUGAAUAUACAGAUGACGAUCACUGAACCCGACAAUGCUAAAACGGAAAAGAAACUGUUGGCAUAUUUAGGUUGCUGCUGAUCUUUUACCAUCUACAUAUGCUGGAUGAAUGGCCGUGGUAGUGACAUUUUUCGUUCUUCUUAGCUUUUUCUCGGAUUUGUAAAUUGUAUUGUCGAGGGAACAAAAUAUUCAGGAUAUUGAGCUUGUUGGGUGAGAAGAACAUUUGAUUUUAUUGUUAAAUUAUUGGUUGCUCCUCCAUUAGUUUCUUCUGUA